AAAAUAAAAUUGUGUUGGGCAAACUUCCGGUCACAUGUCUGCUACAGUAGGAUCAUAUGACUUCAGUCGAUGAAAAUGAAAGCUGGGUGCAGCCAGCUGGAACCUUUAGUGCUUAUUUUGAUCUUUAAUUUAUGUUUUUACGCAAGUUAUGAGCUGACCGAGCUGCAGGUAUGUGAGCUCUGCAGUGGGACAGUCCGGAACGGCUCCGCAGUGGGCCGGUUCUGCUCCUUAUCCGCUGGCCGGAUAGACGGACGCUGCUGCCUGAGAAAUGAUAACACAAGCGACCCUGAAUGCAUCAUCGGGUUGGAUCUGUCUAAUUGUUCGCUUACUCACGUGGAGGAUCUUCAGGGAGCAUCAACAGCUUUAAUGAUGGAUCUCUCGCUCAAUCCCAUUGUCAACAUCAGUGACUCAGCAUUUCAAGGAUUUAUGAAGUUAAAUUACAUGAUUUUGCCACAAGACAUAUUUUGUCCGGGGGGAAACUCUUCUUGGGAAAAAGUGGAGGUCAAAGAAGGAAAUCGUGUUUGUGACGGCCAGAAAGAUAUGUGCAACCAGACUGGACAGCUGUCCAUAAACUGCCCGGAGAACUCCCUCUGCGCCCCGUACGGCCCCGGCUUCUUCGAGUGCAGCUGUGCUGAUAACUAUCAUGGAUACAAGUGUCUUCGAGAGGGAGAGUUCCCAUUUCUCCAGGUGUUUGGGCCUCUUGGAGCAUCCACGGUUGUGAUCUCUUUCCUGCUGUGGGUCACCCAGAGACGUAAGGCCAAGUCACUUUGAGGCUGAAAUGCAUGUCGACUAUUUUAUCUGCAAUGAUCUACUGAGCUGAAACUGAAAGGGAAAAUGCUGACACAAAGUCUGAGCCAGGCUUCUUUAAACAUUAUGUUUUAUUCUACUUUUGUGUGGUAGCUAUAUUUUACUGUGUUGAAUUUUAAAAACUGGCAUUUAUGAUUUUUUUUCUUUUUUUUUUUAACUCUAUCACAAUUGAAACUUGAGAGAAAAUUAAUUUAAACAUGUCGCUCCAAGUUUACAUUUUUGGCAAUACUCUAAUACUACUUUAAUAGUAUUUUUUAAAUGUAUUUGACUGACAAAGUGUUAAUGAAGAGGGUGUGUUUAAGAAAAUUCUGAGGGUUUGUCACUGUUUACUGUGCCAAACAUGCACAGAAUGAGUAUGAGUUUACAUGAUGGAACUACAUGUCCUAAUGCACAUAUGAGUAAGACUGACAUGAUACCAGACUUUAAGAAUUCGAUACAAUAAUAAA